ACACAUUUUAAACUUAUACACCACCCUUAAACAAGAUCUGAUCACAUCCACCAGGAAGGAGUGAAACAUUUUAUUCCAUCAACCUGAACUUGCACAUGUGCGCUGUUUUAAAUCCCCAAUUUGUCAUCUUACCGCUUCGCUUUGAACAUUAUUGCCAGGCCUGUGGAGAUUCACAUUUCAAAAAUGUUUUUCAAACUUUCAGGUAGCAUUUAUAGAAGAUCAAGUUGCGGAAGGCUGAAUUCCUCGCUUCCAUCCCUUAAAUUGCAAUCAGCAAUGGAUGCCCAAUCCUUUCAAAUUGGUGAUGAGAACGAUGGAGAUGUUAUAUUGCGGUUAAUCUGCUCCGACGGUGUUGAGUAUGAAGGUAAUCCUGUGCAUUUACAUUCUCGUGUUUUGAACAAAUCCAAUUUUUUUCAGGCGAGGCUCUCCGAGCGGUGGUCUUUACAUAUUUCGCCUCCUGAAAUCAAAUUAACUGUCCUUCCCAAUGGCGUUGCUGAUAAUUACAUAAAGUGUAUCAGCCUUAUGUACUCAUCUUACAAGGGAACAGGUAUUUACUUCUCUGGCAUAGAUGAAGCCCUAGAUAUUUUUCCAGUUGCUUCUGAAUUAUUGUUUGAAGAAGGCAUUCAGGCAUGCAUGCAUUAUCUGGAAGCACUUCCAUGGACUCCCCAAGAAACGCUCAAAAUCAAGUCUCUGUUAUUAUCUUCGCAUAUAAGUGUUUCUGCUGAUUUAUCUGCUAGACUUCUAAUCUCCAAUUCCUCGUUUAGUGAAGAGUUAGAGCUCUUGAAAAAGAAAUUGCCAGAAAUGUUUUCUACUAUAUGGAAAAAUCAAUCCCAUAUGAUACCCUUGAAGAGUAUGCGGCUUACAAUGGAGAAAAAACUGAGUGGAAUUUUCCAAGGCAAUGCAUUUCCCGCUGUACAAGAGGUAUGUAGAGACGCAAUUAUAAAUGAAUGUAGUGCCAAAAUUAAGUGCAUUAAAAAUCGUCGAAAUGAUCAUAAUACAGGAGAUUCGGCUUGUGAGAAUCUAUUGUGGCUAAUAGACCUUACUAAGCUUUGCAAUAUACGAAUAUUUGAAACUACAUUGAAAUUGUUUGUCGAAGAUACACAGCUACUUGACAUAUUACUGCACGAAAGCACUGAUAUCUACCGCUCCCGUCGUUUUUCCGAAUCCUUCACAGAGCAUCUGCUACAAAUUUUAGUGGUCAGGUUUAUGAAGGGUUUGACAAAUGGGGAUGUAAUUGCUUCCAAGUCUUUCCGAAUUUCUUUUCUUAGAAUAUGGGUGCCAGUUAUGGCAUAUCAUAUUUGUAACUUGGUUAGUUUCAGUUAUUCUGAGACUAUUCGUGGUGGUUGGCCUCAGGAAUACUCUGAAAGAUUUGUUGAGGAUGUUACUAAAGUGGUAGGAACCCUUCCUCUCGAUGACCAGAAAGCACUAUUUGUGUUUUGGACAAACUCUUUGCAAACAUUUCAAACCCGAUGGAAAGAAGCUUUUCAAUGGUGGAUUGAUGCAAUAUUGUUAGCAGUAACAAGUGUAAAUAGCAACAGUCUUGGAACUGGGUGAUAGGUAAUGAAGAACCAGAGGUAACUUAAAAUUUUGGUAUUUGGUUUCUAGUUAGAUUUUUGAAGGGCUGAUUUAUGACAUACAUCAACGUUGGAGGACUUGUGAAAUUUGGUAGAACAAACCUGGAGAUGAAUAUUAACCAUGCAGAAUUUUCAUGGAAUUUUGGGACUUAGUGUUACUGGUAUGACUCAUUUUAGGAAGCAUCAAUAAUAUUGUGCUUUACUUGGGGUAUGAUGCAUAUGCUGCAUCAGUUGACAUUCCAAAAUAAUAUUAAAAAAAUUGCUUGGCAAUUGUAUGUCUCACCAAGUUAUUUGGUAGUUGGGUGCUACCAAGUACCAACAACAUAAGUUUAAAAACAAUUAAGUAGCUUUUCCAUUGCAUUGAUUGA